GAUGCCCUUUCCCAAGAUCCAGCAGAGAGAGAGAGAGAGGGGCAAGUUUAGUGUUUGUUUGUUAUCCACAAUUCAUUCAUUCAUUCAGAUUUCAUUCAUUCAUUCAGCAGCAAAGCAAUCGAUCGCCAUGAAAGGACUGUUCAAGUCAAAACCCAAGACGCCGGUUGACCUGGUCCGUCAGACUCGGGAUCUCCUCAUAUACGCCGACUGCAAUCCUGAUAGUCGAGAGAGCAAGCGCGAGGAAAAGUUUGCAACGCUGAGUAAGCUCCUCCGUGAGCUAAAGCAAAUUCUGUACGGAAAUAGUGAAGCCGAGCCGGUCUCUGAAGCCUGCGCUCAACUCACCCAAGAGUUCUUCAAAGAAAACACAUUCCGCUUACUCAUUGUCUGUCUCCCAAAGCUCAACUUAGAAGCUCGCAAGGAUGCCACUCAAAUUGUUGCAAACCUCCAACGCCAACAAGUUCAGUCCAGGUUGAUCGCCUGUGAUUAUUUGGAGGCUAACAUUGAUCUAAUGGAUAUCUUGGUAUCCGGUUAUGAGGAUCCCGACAUGGCGUUACAUUAUGGUGCAAUGCUCAGGGAAUGUAUACGUCACCAAACUGUUGCUAGGUAUGUAUUGGAGUCAGAGCAUAUGAAGAAGUUCUUUGAUUAUAUUCAACUUCCGAAUUUUGAUAUUGCUGCUGAUGCAGCAGCAACAUUCAAGGAACUCUUGACACGACACAAGUCAACAGUUGCUGAGUUUCUUUCUAAAAACUAUGACUGGUUUUUUGCAGAAUACAACUCAAAGCUUCUGGAGUCACCCAAUUACAUAACAAGAAGGCAGGCUAUCAAGCUUUUGGGAGAUAUCUUGUUGGAUCGAUCUAAUUCUGCUGUGAUGACAAGAUAUGCAAGUUCCAGGGACAACUUGAGGAUCUUGAUGAAUCUUCUGAGAGAGUCAAGCAAGAGCAUUCAAAUAGAGGCAUUUCAUGUUUUCAAGUUGUUUGCAGCAAACCAGAAUAAGCCAGCUGACAUCAUUGGCAUACUUGUUGCAAACAGGAGCAAGCUUCUGCGACUGUUUGCUGAUUUUAAGCCGGAUAAAGAGGAUGAACAGUUUGAGGCUGACAAAGCUCAAGUUGUCAGAGAAAUUGCGGGGCUUGAACCACGAGAGAAUUGAUAAUAGUUUCUGCAAAUUAUGGUUAAUGAAUUUCUUCUUCCUUUGUUUGUUUCAAGUAGCAUGUGAAAAUAAAUAUGCAGCAGAUGGAUGUAAAGUAAAUGACAACUCUUUGAGAUUCUAAAAUAAAUUGGUGUCUUGGGGAUUUCAACCUUACUAUU